GUCGCUCAUAUAUCCGCGCCCCCAUCUAUCAGCGGCCAGAUUCACAUCAACAAUGACUGUCUCCGCCAAAUCCAUUGGAAUAUACACCACUUCUUCAAUAAACACUGUGUGAAAAUGUACAGCGUGUAGCUUGUUAUCAAUGCAACAGAGCAGCGGCUAACACAAAGAGCAGACUGUACUGGCACAAGAACGAGCAGAGAAACCACCAAACCAGACGCAUCGCUGGGAGAAGUGUGUCGUGAGUGUGUCUGCGAUGGCUGGUGGAAGGAGAGGGGCGAACCGUUCCACGUACUGCAGACCUCCACUCAGCAAUGAACCAGGCUCAGUCAGCAAUGGUAACCACUCAACCAGCUCCCCGGUCACAGGGGUGCGAUCCCGUACAAGGAAUGGUUCGGGGACAUGCAUGUCCAGCCCCCCGCUGGCUGCGCAGACGGUGGUCCCUCUGAAGCACUGUAAGAUCCCAGAGUUAUCUGUGGACCGCAAUGUGUUGUUCGAGCUCCACCUUUUCUUCUGCCACCUCAUCGCUCUCUUUGUCCAUUACGUAAACAUCUACAAGACCGUGUGGUGGUACCCCCCUUCACACCCUCCCUCACACACAUCACUGAACUUUCACCUUAUUGAUUAUAACAUGCUGGUGUUCACAAUCAUCAUACUGGCCAGGAGGUUAAUAGCAGCAAUUGUUAAAGAGGCAUCACAGAGUGGGAAACUAUCCUUCCCUCAUUCGAUUUUUCUCGUGAUGGCUCGGUUUGCUGUGCUCACACUGACCGGCUGGAGCCUGUGUCGCUCGCUCAUUUACCUCUUCAGAACCUACUCGGUGCUCAGCCUGCUCUUCCUCUGCUACCCAUUUGGGAUGUAUAUUCCCUUUUUCCGGCUGAGCUGUGACUUCCGACGCCCAGGUCCACUCUCCCCAAUUGCCAGCAUCGGCUCUAAGGAGGUGGGCAGCGUGGGCCGGGGCAGGGACUAUUUGACUGUGCUGAAGGAGACAUGGAAGCAGCACACCAGCCAGCUGUAUGGCGUCCAGGCCAUGCCCACACACGCAUGCUGCCUCUCCCCGGAUCUCAUCCGUAAGGAGGUGGAGUACCUGAAGAUGGACUUCAACUGGAGGAUGAAGGAAGUGCUGGUCAGCUCGAUGCUCAGUGCGUACUAUGUGGCCUUUGUACCUGUCUGGUUUGUCAAGAGUACACAGUAUGUGGAUAAGCGCUGGUCCUGCGAGCUGUUCAUCCUGGUGUCAGUCAGCACGUCAGUAAUCCUCAUGAGGCACUUGUUGCCACCUCGAUACUGUGACCUGCUUCACAAAGCUGCAGCGCACCUGGGCUGCUGGCAGAAAGUAGACCCCUCGCUCUGCUCCAAUGUCCUUCAGCACAUAUGGACAGAGGAGUACAUGUGGCCACAGGGAGUCCUGGUUAAACAUAAUAAGAAUGUUUAUAAGGCCAUGGGUCACUACAAUGUUGCAGUUCCAUCAGACGUGUCUCAUUAUCGCUUUUAUUUCUUCUUCAACAAGCCUUUACGAAUAUUGAACAUACUCAUCAUCCUGGAAGGUGCCAUGAUAUUCUACCAGCUCUACUCGCUGAUAUGUUCAGAAAAGUGGCAUCAGACGAUAUCACUGGCUCUGAUUCUCUUCAGCAACUAUUACGCCUUCUUUAAGCUUCUCAGAGACCGAAUAGUCCUAGGAAAGGCAUACUCGUACUCAAACAGCCCGUCAGACCAGAAAGUCAGUUAGGCUUUGAGUUAUUAAUCAUCACAUUCACUUUGGAACAACACAAACAUGCCUAAGAGCUCUGUAUUUUUUCUACAAACUGCAUUUUGUGUCACUUUUUUGUUCUGAUCUGCCAUAAUAAAAAUAAAUAUUUUUGUAUUACUUAAAA